AUGCGUUAUCGUACUCUCGAGAUUCGAUGGCACGAGUCCAAACCAAUCUCUACCUGCGAUUUUCAGCCGGUUUCAUUCAAAAAAGCGCGCCCUACGCAGGAAAAGAACUUCGCAGGGCAGAAUUAUAGGCUUGCUACGGGAGGAGAGGAUAAUCACGUCAGAAUAUGGAUGGUUUACCCCAAUAUCCUGCCUUCAUCUCUUAUUGACGAUUCAGCCACACGCGAGCCAGCUGCUCCUCGACCCGCACGUGUCGAGUAUCUUGCUACUCUCAGCAGACAUUCUGCAGCUGUAAAUGUUGUUAGGUUCUCCCCUAAUGGAGAGGCAAUUGCUUCCGCUGGGGAUGACGGGAUGAUCAUCAUCUGGGCUCCUUCGGCUAGCCCUCAAACAGCUACGUAUGGUAGCGACCUCAGUCCGGAGGACAUGCAGCACGAGAAGGAGUACUGGAAACCCCGUACUACUUUCCGGUGUACUACAAUGCAAGUAUAUGACUUAGCAUGGAGUCCUUCAGGAGAAUAUAUCUUGGCCGGUAGCACUGAUAACUGCGCCAGGGUCUUCAGUGCAAUGGAUGGAAAAUGCGUGCAUGAAAUAGCCGAGCACAAUCAUUAUGUUCAAGGAGUUGCAUGGGAUCCGUUGAAUGAGUACAUCGCUACGCAGAGCAGCGAUCGUUCAAUGCAUGUGUAUCGCAUAUCAACGAAGCAGGGCUCUUUCGAAGCUCACGCUGUAGGCAAAAAUUCCCGCAUGCCAUACCAUCAUAGCCGAACACCCAGCUCACAAAGCCGUGUCAAGCCAUUUCAUCGCGAGUCUACAGCAGCGAGCGACGCCGAGUCAGUAACCACGACAAUGAGUGAACAGCACAAGGAAGACACCAUCUCUGCCCCGUCUAGUAACCAGGCUCCCUAUGCCCCUUUGACACCAGCUACAUCGGUUGCUAGUACGCCAUCUGCGUCGAUGUUCCCUCCUCCUUCUGUAGAUAGACCAUCCUCUAGACGGUCGUCUUUCAGCGGCUCUAAUGCACCUAGCUCCCCUUCCCAUUACGCUCGAUAUGGCCGGUCACCUUCACCUAUGCCUCCGCUUCCGGCCAUACGUGCAUUGCCAUCUCCUUCGUGGUCUGCAGUGAAGUUGUAUGGGGAUGAGAGCUUUACGAACUUCUUCCGACGCUUAACCUUUAGCCCAGACGGAGGUUUACUAAUUACACCUGCGGGUCAGUUUGAGGACCCGUCCAUCUUACCCGGUUCCUCUAAGACUAAACCAGAAGAACCGUCUCGUGGUCGAAAAAACCGACCUUCUAUUAAGACCAGUGACCCAAUGAAUGCGGCUUCCGCUUCAUCGGUGUACAUCUACUCGCGCGCCAACUUCGCUCGUCCUCCUAUUGCGCAACUUCCUGGACACAAAAAACCUAGUGUUGCAGUCAGAUUUUCUCCUAUUCUUUAUGAGCUGCGUCAUGGCGUUGUCGGAGCUGGUUCUUCGAGCGAGCCGAAAACUGUGACGGUGGAGAAAGGUAAAGAGGGUUCACUGUCCGUGGAUAUUAUUAGUUCUGUCCCUCCUGUUGGUACUGCACAGCAACUAGGGCUUCUGUCUCCGCAGAUUGAAAAGGUUGGAAAUUCAUCUUCCAUCGCAGCUCCUGCCCCAUUGCCCGCAGCAUCUGUGUUACCCUCGACUCUCAGUUCUCCGACAGAGCUGCUGAAGCCUCCUACGCCUCUUACCCCCAAACCAUCCACACCGAGCAUAGCUCCUCAAUCUACCAGCGGUUCUGUGUUUUCCUUGCCUUAUAGGAUGCUAUAUGCCGUGUUGACGAUGGACACUAUCGCUAUCUAUGAUACACAGCAAGCGAGUCCUGUUUGCUUGUUGUCUAAGCUGCAUUAUGAUGAGUUCACUGAUAUGACAUGGUCACCUGAUGGACAAUGUCUCAUACUCUCCUCGCGUGAUGGGUACUGCACAAUCAUAAUAUUCGACGAGAUCUUGCCGACCCACCACACUCAGCAACACAGUCUUCAAUUGCAAUCCAUUGCACACCAUAACUCUGUGCCUCUAUCGUACCCUACACCUGUAAUACCAGUUACAGGUUCGCAUAUGACAACGCCUACUGUUCCCACCAAGAGGAGUGAGCCUCCUUUAACCCCCACCGCCAGCGUCGACGACAAUAUACCUAGUCUUGCUACAGGCAGCAGUUCUAUUGUCCGUAAUAAAGCACCGGAGGAGUCAACAACUGAACAGGAACCACCAAAGAAGAAGCGUCGUGUGGCGUUGACUCGUGUUGGCGACCUUAAUCCUUGA